CGAGCAUGAUUUUCGCAUCACAUUCACACAUAUAAACCAGUUGCCACAUUCAUCAUUCCUCAUUCAGUUUUGCUCCGCAUCCUUCUUGUUAAGUUUCCUUGGAAGCGGAGCCUGUUUCUUGUUUUCUGUUUCUCCUUCGUUCAAGUUUCUCUUUUCUGCAGCUUCUCUUCUCAACAUGGCCGCCAACAGAUGGUUGAGACCUGAGGUAUACCCACUCUUCGCUGCAGUUGGUGCAGCUGUCGGGAUCUGCGGUAUGCAACUUGUGAGGAACAUAACCACCAAUCCUGAAGUCAGGGUGACCAAGAGCAACAGAGCUGCAGGAAUUCUUGAGAACUUUGAGGAGGGAGAGAAAUAUUCACAACAUGGUCUGAGGAAGUAUGUUCGUGGGAGGACCCCUCAGAUCAUGCCAUCCGUCAACAACUUCUUCUCUGAACCAUCAAACUAAAUCAGAUGCCAAAUUUUCUGUUCCAUUUCCGAUAUUCGUAUCAGUGAUAUCAAAUUUUGGCUUUUUGGUUAUUUGGAAUCGAGAAGUAGGAGACAACACAACCAGAUAUUUCAUUUUUCUUCAAAAUGUACUAUGAUCCUGUAAUUUGUUGAUGGAUGACAUUCAAUUUAACCUAAUUAUAAUAAAAUUCUAUACUUUACACAUUAUCAAA